CAUCUACACAGCAGCGGUCUGCCUGGGAAUAAAGAAAAGAGUCAGAUGAGCAAAAUUAAUGACGGAGACAAGCAGUAACUUGACGGCAAGCUCCGGAGAGCAUCAGGUGAACACUCUGAUUUAUUGUAUGGGGGAUGAUGAAGCCCAUGAUGUUUUAAGAAGCCUGAAACUUGUGAAUGACCCAGAUCAGCGGCAGUACAACAAAGUGAACGAUGGCUUUCACUCCUUCAUAGAGAAAAAGAACGUUGUUUAUGAACGAGCACGAUUCAUAUAUGCCCAAUGAGACCAAUGUCGAUGCUUUCGUUACUGCACUGUAUGCGCUAUAGAGCAGCGUAACUACUGGACAUUGUAUGAUGAACUUAUAAGAGAAGACCCUAUCUGAGCUUAUGCAAAUGGAGAUGGAUUUGGACCUGACAAAAGCCAUGAACAUGGCACGACAAUCAGAGGAGGUUAAAAAGCAGCAAAACACACUGAGGGGUGAUGCCAGCGGGGUAACGAUGGCUGUUAGCUCUGUGGAUGCAGCGAAAGAAAAGCCAAAUUUCAACAAAUCUAAACGCUAUGGAGUAGUCACACAGCUCUCACAGUAAAAGUUUAAAGUUUCCACUGCAGCAAACGUGGUGGCGCACAGGGACGUCGCUAAUCAUUCGAGGGCUCGAGUCCCGUUUUAUCCCGGAUAUAUUUUAGCCCAGGAGUUUAGAAGAAAUGUCAUAGGCAUUCAUUUAAAUGUUGAUUGUGUUAGUUUUAGCACUGUCGCCGUUUACAACACGAUUUACAGUUUACAGCACGCGAUACACACACACACACACACACACACACAAGGGUGUAACUUUGGUUUGACAAGUGGGGGGAAUGGGGGGAAAAUGUUUUUGAUUUGAAUCCCAUUUCCUGCAUUUAUAUACAUUUAGGGACUAUGAUGAUACAAAAUCCAGGAAAUAAUUAAGUUAUUAUAAUGAUAAAUUCUGUCAAAAAAGAUAGUAGGCUACUCAACUGUCUAUAUAAAAAAAGAUGUCUUACUUUCUUUAUUGUUUAAUAAUGGCCUAUCACCAAGACUUGAGAGAAUAAUAUUACAAAGUCAAAAAUGUUCACCAUUAAUGUUUUGUGUGUGAAUAAAAUUGAAAUAAUGUGAGACUCAAUUUCCACUUUUUGAAACUUUUAUUUUUAUCUAACUGCUGUACCUGAAAAUGUAAAAUAAAUCACUUGUUGCACAGGACGUCUGUCAGAGACACAUCCACCAAACCGCAGGGGUUUAGAAGAGAAAAAGCAAAAAGCUUUAUGAACUGUGUGUUACAUCACUAUUUUGUAAUAUCAACUGCAGAUAGACAGCAGCUACAUUAAUAUGUAAUUAUAUGAAAAUGCUGAUCAUUACUUUAAUAAUUGUAUUUUAUGCACAAACAACCAUCCUUAGUUAAUGAACAAAUUAAAAGAUUUACAUUCCUGGUGCUAAUUUUCUGUGCAGAACAAAUACCUAAAAAAGAUCGUUUUUAUGCCUCCAACACUGUAUUAUAACAGGGUAGGAAUAACGAUCUGUAAUCCUUACUUCUUUCAUCCGAAAGGAUGGGAAAAUUGAUACAACAGAUACACUACUUAUUUGGUACACAGGAUGCAAGAUUUGGCACACAAUCUCACAAACAUGAAAAAAUAUUAAUAACAUUGUCCUCCAUCUAUUCAUUCAAUCACAUCUUACCAUAUAUCCUAACUGUCCACCUCAUCUGUCCUCUGAUAUGUAAACGACUGAGUUAUGAUCAUAUUGCAUUGUCCGGGAAUCGAGCCCGAUGCUAAAACACUACGGCUGCGGUAUAUUUUCGGCCGCUGACCCUCUGCUGGCGCUGUUCGGUGAUUUUGCUCCGGUCUGCGCACGCGCGCGUCGUCAGUGUACGCGCAGUGUCCGACCCCUGUCCAGUUCAUUCAGCAAAGUGUCAGCACCUCGAUGACAGAUCAUCAUGCACAAAAAGGCUGUGUUUUUCCCAGGAUGCGUUAAGGUCGUGUUCCGUAAGGGACCACUAGGAUAUCUCCUUCAGGAGCCAACCGAGGAGGCCAGGCUGAUCAAAGACAACCCGUCUCUGCCGGACAAGUCGGCACCGAAGGAGGAAGAGCUUGUUAGACGAAACGCUCUUGCUGUGGUCAGUCAGAGAGGAGGUGGCGCCUCUGAUAAAAGAGAAGUUUUUGGCGAAUACAUCCUGCAGUUUGGAAAGUACAAGGGGAAAUCUUUCCGGUGGCUGUUUGAAAAUGACAUUGGUUACACAGUAUACCUGAUGAAGAACCUUCAGCAGGAGGAGGCUGCAGGGGUCUUUACGGCCGAGGGACCCAGCAAGAGCAGUCUGUUAACCUUUGUCCAGUCUCUUCUUAGCUACACGUUCAAAAAUCCAGCUGCGCCUACAGCAUCAUCAGAGGGUGACCAGCUGGUUGGUUUCGGCGCUCGCUCCAAGAGUACAUGGUGGGAGAUUUGGGACAGCAGAGCUGUUGGGUAUGCUUCCUUUAUAAUGAAAACACAAACUGCUAAUUCUUGUAUUUCGACAACAGAAUUGGAAGACGCCGACGAGUUAGAGAGUGCAACAUUGAACAUCUCCCCCUCCAAGCUACAGUCACAGUCUCCACCAACACCACCAUCGUCGUCUGAGAGGUUUGGGCUGGAGUAUGUGGAACCUGGAUGUCGCCCUGUUGUGCUGGACUGGGAAAAGCACAAGAGCAAGUCCACUCAAGCUUUCAGUCCAGCUGAGCAAGGACGCACGCCCACUGCGCAGUCUUCAGACCAUCCUGGUGAUCAUGAUGUGACUCCAAGUCCUCAGCUAGAGUCAGGUAGACAUUUUAAAUUAGAAUAAACUUACAAGACAUUGUUGUAUGUAGAUAAAAUGGUCAACAUUGAAAUGGUGUUGCAAAAGAAUAUAGUAUGUACAGUGUGCAUAUGUAAGAUAAAUAUAUAAAUAUAUUGUAGAAGUGUAUAUAAGGCAAAAUAUAAUGUCCAGUUUAACAGGGAGUAAAGUGACAGUGCAGUGUGCACACAAAGAUGUACAGAAAAGAUGUACAGUGAGAGUGUUAUUGUGUGUACAGAGUAGUGCAGAGUACAAAGUAGUGCAAUAUUUGCAUGUGCAACAAUCAGCUGAGGUAGAAUGUUAUGUUAUGUUGUGUGGGGGUAAGACCAGAGAGUCCAGAUCCUAGGUGUACUGGUUGAGGGCCCGAAUGGCCUGCGGGAAAAAGCUCCUCUUCGUUCUCUCUGUGUUCACCUUCAAGGAACGGAAACGUUUCCCUGACCUCAACAGAGAGAAGAGUCCAUUGUUGGGAUGGCUGAGGUCCUUCAUAAUCUUCUUGGCUUUGGUCCAGCACCGCUUGCUGUAUAUGGUGUCCAGGUCAGGCAGCUCGGUGUGGAUGGUACGCUCGGCUGAUCGCACCACCCUCUGGAGAGCUUGCCUGUCCUGUUUGGUGCUGUUCCCAAACCAGGCAGUGAUACGUCCCGUCAGGAUGCUCUCAAUGGUGCAGGUGUAGAAUGUCUUUAGCACCUUUGAGGGCAGUUUAAAGGCCUUCAGGCAUCUGAGAUGAUAAAGACGCUGCCGGGCCUUCUUCACCAGGGUGUUAACGUGACAGGACCAUGUCAGGUCCUGCGUGAUGUAGACACCUAGGUACCGGAAACUGUCCACUCUCUCCACUGGGGUCCCGUUGAUGGUGAGGGGCUGGUAAUUCCUCUCCUGCUUUGUGCUAAAGUCCACUAUCAACUCCUUAGUCUUGCUGAUGUUCAGGAGGAGAUUGUUGACCUGGCACCAUGUCUCCAGGUUUUUAAUCUCCUCUAGGUAGGCCGUCUUGUCGUUAUUGGAGAUCAGGCCCACCACAGUAUCGUUCGCAAACUUCACGAUGUUGGUGGAGCUGGAAGUGGCCACACAGUCAAAGGUGUACAGAGAGUACAGCAGGGGGCUCAGAACACAACCCCGGGGGGCUCCAGUGCUGAGGGUGAGUGAGGGUGAGACAUGGUUGCCCACCCGUACUGCCUGAGGUCUGUCUCACAGGAAGUUGGAGAUCCACCGACACAGGGAUGGGCUAAGGCCCAGGAUCUCCAGCUUAGUGGUGAGUAUGGAGGGAAUUAUGGUGUUAAACGCUGAACUGUAGUCAACAAACAGCAUUUUGACAUAAUUCCCCCUUCUGCUGUCCAGAUGGCUCAGGGCUGCGUGAUGGAGGUGUGCGAUGGCGUCCUCAGUAGAUCAGUUGGGACGGUACGCGAACUGUAGCGGGUCCAAGGUGUCAGGUAGGGAAGAAGUGAUGAAGUCUCUGAUGAGUCUUUCGAAGCACUUCAUCACCACUGAGGUCAGGGCCACUGGACGGUAGUCGUUCAGGCAGGCGGGCUGGGGGUUCUUGGGGACAGGAACAAUGGUGGACCGUUUGAAGCACGUCGGGAUUGUAGACUGUUCCAGGGAGAGGUUGAAAAUCUCAGUGAACACACGAGCAAGCUGGUCAGCACAGGCCUUCAGGACCCGACCCGUGAUGCCAUCUGGCCCUGCUGCCUUCCUGGUGUUCACUCUCCUGAAUGCCUUCCUCACGCCGUGCUCCGAGAUGAUGAACGCGUUGUCCUCUCCGGCAUGCUCCUCGUGUGUGCUGCCUAUAGCGCUGUUAGCGCUGCUAACACCGUUAGCACUCUGAGCUGCAGCCUCGAAGCGAGCAUAAAAGGUGUUUAGCUCGUCUGCCAGAGAAGCGUCUGCAUUCACUGAUCUGGAAGAUGGUGUUUUGUAGUCCGUCAUAGUCCUUAGUCCCUGCCACAGACUCCUAGAGCCACUCUGUUGAAAUUGUGACUCUAGUUUUUGUCCAUAGCGCCGCUUCGCCUCCUUCACCACUCUGCGGAUGCUGUAGGAUGUAGCUUUAUACUCCUCCAUGUUUCCACUGGCGAGCCCCGUGUUGUAUGCAGCGGAGCGGGAUCUCAGAGCAUCGCGGACGGAUUUAUCCACCCACGGCUUCUGAUUGGGGAAAGUCCUGAUGAUAGUCUUGUGAACCG